AUGUCGAAGCGAGGUCGCGGAGGUUCCGCGGGUAACAAGUUCAGGAUGUCACUCGGUCUGCCGGUGGCUGCGACGGUGAACUGCGCCGAUAACACCGGAGCUAAGAAUCUUUACAUCAUUUCCGUCAAAGGUAUCAAGGGAAGAUUGAACCGAUUGCCCUCUGCUUGCGUCGGUGACAUGGUUAUGGCUACUGUGAAGAAGGGAAAGCCAGAUCUCCGUAAGAAGGUUCUGCCGGCUGUUAUCGUUCGUCAGCGCAAACCAUGGCGCCGAAAGGACGGUGUUUUCAUGUACUUUGAAGAUAAUGCUGGUGUGAUUGUGAAUCCUAAGGGUGAAAUGAAAGGAUCUGCUAUUACUGGUCCAAUUGGGAAGGAGUGUGCUGAUCUGUGGCCUAGGAUUGCAAGUGCUGCUAAUGCUAUUGUAUAA